AGGCUGCGCGAGUUGUUGCAGGAGGAAGAGCGGCUGUUGAUAGCUGAGGCAGCCGCCACCGUCGAGACGACGCUAGACAAACAGGCUCGCAUGCGAGAGCGCAUCAAGUCUCUGCGCGAAAACCGCGAGUCGGAACGCCUGCAAGUUGUCGAGGAAAAGAAGCGACAGCUCUUCCUCAACAAUUGCGAUCCCGUGCGACAGGUGCAGCGAAACAUGGCAGAGGCCGAGGUGCACCGCGUCCGACAGCAACAACUCGAGGAAAAGGCUCAUCAUCAACGGCGCAAGGAGGCCAUCGACCAGCUCUACGAUCGCCUGUGGCUUGAGGACAAGGAGGCCAAGGAUGCCAAGGCCGCGCGCGACAAGGCAGCAGCCCAAGCGCGCACCCAACAGCAAAAAGAAAUUCUUCAGGCACAGAUGGCGGCUGUGGAGGAGGCUCGCCACCGUGAAAUGGCUUUGCGCGAGGAAGAAGAGAGUCUGCGUCGCCAAGCCGAAGCUCUUCAGGCCGAAGAGGAGGGCAAGUUGCGCCAACGCAAAGCCGAACAACAGAGGCGUCUUAAAAUGGAGAUGGAUCGACACAAUCGCCACGCCACUGCUAUCCGGCAAAAAGAGCAAGAAGAUGAGCUGAAACGCGAUGCCGAGCUGCUGCAGCAGGUCUUGGACGCAGCGCAAGGCGAGGAGCAGUAUCAACGGGAUCACAAGCAGCAACUUCAGCGUGAAAUGCGCCUCUACCGUCAGUAUGCAGAGGAUAUCGCUGCUCAGCGUCGAGCCAUGGAGGAAAGCGUCGAGCUCUUCCAUCAGCAGGAAGCCCAGCGAGCCAUUGAUCGCCUGCAGGCCAAACUGGACCGCGAGCAAGCGGCGCGAGAUUCUCUCAUGCAAGAGGUUAUGGCAGUUCGCCGGCAGCAAAUUGCUGGCAAGCUGGCGGGUGUUCAGGCCGAGCGCGAUGAGGCGGCCCGAGAGUACCAUGAACUCAUGUUGGCCAUGGAAGCCCAUGAUCAGGCUGAGGCUGAGGCCCAAGAAGCAACUCGGCAGCGCCGCCUGAACCAUGCUGAACAGCUGCGACAGCAAGCCGAGACCAACCGCCGGCUGCGUGAGGAG